AUGGACGGCAAAGAAGAAGAUGUGAGAGUGGGAGCUAACAAGUUCCCGGAGAGGCAACCGAUCGGAACAUCGGCUCAGUCCGACAGCAAGGACUACAAAGAGCCGCCGCCUGCUCCACUGUUCGAGCCCGGAGAGCUGAGCUCAUGGUCCUUCUGGAGAGCCGGAAUCGCCGAGUUCAUAGCUACUUUCCUCUUCCUCUACAUCACUGUUCUGACUGUGAUGGGUGUCAAGAGAGCACCCAACAUGUGUGCUUCUGUUGGAAUUCAAGGCAUCGCUUGGGCUUUUGGUGGCAUGAUCUUCGCUCUUGUCUACUGUACUGCUGGAAUCUCAGGUGGACACAUAAACCCUGCGGUGACAUUCGGACUGUUCUUGGCUCGGAAGCUGUCUCUGACCAGAGCAGUGUACUACAUAGUAAUGCAAUGUCUCGGAGCUAUCUGUGGUGCCGGAGUCGUCAAGGGCUUCCAGCCAAAGCCGUACCAGACUCUCGGUGGCGGCGCCAACACCGUCGCUCCCGGCUACACCAAGGGAUCUGGCCUCGGCGCUGAAAUCAUCGGAACUUUCGUUCUCGUCUACACGGUCUUCUCCGCCACCGACGCCAAGCGAAGCGCCCGUGACUCUCACGUCCCGAUUCUGGCGCCACUCCCAAUCGGAUUUGCAGUGUUCUUGGUACACUUGGCGACAAUUCCGAUAACCGGAACCGGAAUCAACCCAGCUAGAAGCCUUGGAGCCGCCAUUAUCUACAACAAGGACCACUCCUGGGACGACCAUUGGAUUUUCUGGGUUGGACCAUUCAUUGGAGCAGCUCUUGCGGCUCUUUACCACACGCUCGUGAUCAGAGCGAUUCCGUUCAAGAGCAAGAGUUAA